AUGAUCAUAAUAAUACCAAUGAAAAGGAUAAUAUUGCUCAUGCUAAUCAUGCUUGUUGCAGCCUGUUACGUGCGAAGCGGAACAUCUCUAGAUUCGCAGUUUGUUUUCAACGUUGGUGUAAUUGUAUUCUGCUUCACUUGCCUGAUAAUAUCGAUAAUUUGUUACACGGCCCUUAUACGGGUAAUAUCUCGCUAUUUAUCUUGUCACAAAUAUCUUGUCAAAUCAAAUGGUUUCCUUAUAGGUGAACAAAAACGAACACAUAAACACAUACUCAAACGAAAUAAGUAUGUGAUUGUGAUUGGAAGUGUUAUUAUGAUCUAUACGGUUUAUCUGAUUUCAUAUUCCGCCAUACAAUUUCUCUACGUUAGCAGAUUGACAAGGUUUAAAAAAAUUCUUUUUUCCUUUUUUACAAGGAGUAUGUUUUAUCUGCGAUGGAUAUUUCAAUCUUUGAUGUGUCUUCAUUCACUGCUACAACCGUUGUGUUACUUCCGAAUGCGAGAAUUCCUGCACAGGGCUGCAUCAAUGAGACCAAAUGAUCAAAAGUAUGGAGACCCCGUUUUGCAAAAAAAGUCCCGCUGA